CGCCACGUCGCCAUUAUUGAAAUAAACGUGAACCGGACGGACGCGACUUAGCGCACUUUUGACUUAACCACUUCUUGUGCGCGAACGAACGGAAGUACCGCGAGGAAAGUUGGAGAAGAUUAGAAGAAGGCAGAAGGCUCUCAACUUUUUCAUAUAAACCGAUUUUGGAGGAAUUCCGCUGGAAGGAAUAGAUAGAGGCGAAGCUGAAAGUUGUGGUGAAGGAGGGAGGCUGAAACAAAACCGAAGCAGAACAGUGAUCGUUUUUUUUUUCUCUCUCUCUCUCGCAUUUCUUCUCGUUCAUUCUCUUUCGCUCUCGUUAACAGUAAAGGAAGAGAAGUGUGUGUGUUGUGUGCGGCGAGCGCGCGUUAUUUUGUAUAACAUUCUCACAACGUCCGAAAGAGGAGAAGUAGAAGAAUAAGGUGGAAAGAAUGGCCGGUGAAACGAUGUCCAUUUCAGAUCUGCUGGGUCUCAACUCGCCACGGGGUCUCCUCGGCAGUUCCUUCGGGAGCAGCUCUUCGAGCCUCUGCACCCCGCCAGCCGCAACGGCCAAUUUCCAGAUGAAGAACGGCGAUAACAAGUUACUCAACUUCGCUUCGGUCACUUCCGGAUCGAUGAAGAACAACGGUCCGCUGAGCGUCGGUUCGUCUACGGGCUCCGCACCUCCGAACUUCUAUCAGCGAGGAAUCUUGAGGAGCACCUCUCUGAGCGACUGCAGCGGAAGCAACAGUCCGGCCGUCUUGGAUCAGCCACUUUUGAACACGAAUUCUCGCUCGAAUUCGCCUACAGAAUCAGAUAACAGUGCCAUAUCUGGAGCUAAUGGCAGCCUCACCGAAAUUUUGAAUUCAUUGACUUUGAAUGAAGCGUUCGGCUGCAAUUGCCUGAACGCGAACGAUUUGCGCGACAAAAUCGACUUGAACAACUUGCAGAACCUGCAGGCCCUGCAGGCUUUCAAAUAUUUGCAGCAGCCCCCCGCGUUGCUGAACACGCUGCUCAAUCCCACAUGCUCCUACAACACAUCUCAAUUGUCUGAUAGAUGGGAAAGGAAUAACGGUCUAGGUAUUGUACCGCUGCAAGACAAUUUGCACCUGGACAGGGCCGCUCGCUUCCACCGGUCCGCGGCGGCCGUGUGCGACGCAACUUGUACCUGGAGCGGCGUACUACCGGUGCGCACGUCCAAGCCUAUCGGUUACUCAAGUAAGGUGUUUUUGGGUGGAGUACCAUGGGACGUGUCCGAGCAAAUGCUGGUGCAGACCUUCAAGCAGUUCGGCCAGAUCCGCGUCGAGUGGCCGGGAAAGGACAAGCAGGCGUCGCAACCGAAGGGAUACGUCUACAUCAUCUUCGAGUCGGAGAAAAACGUUAAGGCGCUGCUGCAGGAAUGCACCAAGGAGUUCCCGAACAGUGGAAAUUGGUACUACAAGAUCUCCUCCAAACGCAUGAAGGCCAAAGAAGUUCAGGUCAUCCCCUGGAUUCUGAACGACUCCAAUUACACCAAGUGCACAUCGCAGAAACUGGAUGCCAGCAAGACGGUCUUUGUUGGCGCUCUGCAUGGAAUGUUGAACGCGGAAGGGUUAGCUAAAAUCAUGAACGAUCUUUUCGAAGGCGUCAUUUAUGCAGGAAUCGAUACCGACAAGUACAAAUAUCCGAUCGGGUCUGGUCGUGUGACAUUCAACAAUCCACGCUCGUACAUGAGGGCCGUUGCAGCAGCCUUCAUCGAGAUCAAAACUGCAAAAUUCACCAAGAAGGUGCAGAUCGAUCCCUAUCUGGAGGACACCCUCUGUUCCGUGUGCGCUGUCCAGCAAGGACCCUAUUUCUGCCGCGAGAUAAGCUGCUUCCAGUACUUCUGCCGCCUGUGCUGGCAGUGGCAACACAACGGUGAUCUUCGUCACCACAAACCGAUGAUGCGCAACUCGAAGAACAGCACCAUCAUGGGCCUAGGCAACGUGACCCUAAACUAACCAACAAGUAUGCCUAACACAAUUGAUUAACUAUCUCUCACUACUAUUUCUCUUAUCAAAUUUACUACAUAGUGUUUAACUGUUUUGUGAGAGUUUAUUAUGUAUUGCAUAUGUAUAGGCAUACGCAAGCCUCGUAUGUGUAUAUAUAGAUACAUAUAAUUUAAACGAGAUAUUUCAAAAACGACGCGACACCUUCGACUUCGAACCGUCGUUCGUGACAGGGUGUCGUCAUUCUAACGAAUUUUAACUCAGCUUCUUACUACGCUUCUGCCGAACGAGCGUAGCGCUUCUGAAAGUUCCUAACGAAAAACAAACAAACAAACAAUACGAAACAAGUAGACGAGGAGACUUAAUAUGUAAAAUAGAAUCCAUCAAUCUGCAACGCCCCUAAUCCUCCUCUGAUGACGAUUGGUGAGAAAGGGGCGUUACUUCCUCCUCUCAGACUGUUGUUCGCUUGUUCUCGAUUUGUUUUACGUAAACGUUUUUUUCUUUGAUUACCCACAAAGUUGGAACAGUUUCCAUUAUCAUAGGUGAAGAAGUAGGAAAAAAAAAUAAGCUAUUAUUAUUAUUAAUAUUAAUAUGUGUUUUUAUCUCUAUAUUACUUCGCUUUCAAUUUCCGGACGUUUUCGCCGCCAAACCUCCCCCCCCCUCUAGAAGAGGUGGGCAGCAGCGUGCGUGUCCGGAUGAACGCGAACCGCGAGUCACGGAAAUUUCAUAAUAUAUUUAUAUUAUUAUUAUAACUAGGUGUUAGUUUUAAGUGUUGAUAUUUAAAGAAACCGGAAAAAAAAGCAAAAAAAAAAUAAUAAUAUGGAAAAAAAGUUUGGAAAAUAUUUUAAUUACUUAAUAAUUGUUGCUGAUGGAUAUUUUUUGGGUAAAUUUUUUUUAUACGCUAUUUUUAAGAUUUCUUUUACAAUACAGUCUCCGCGCGAAACUGUAUAUUUGUAUUCGGUUAUUAUUAUUAUAUACAUAUAAAAAAAAAUAUUAUUGAAGAAAAACGGUAUGAAAAUUUUGGUAGAAGAUGCAAAAAAAAAGAGAACAAUACUAACGUAAGAAAUUCACUGUUGAUGAUCAGGCUACGGUUUAAUGGUUCAAAGAUUUUUCGGUACCUGAUUUAUAUUUUGUUUUAAUUUUUUUUGUUGUACUUUUUCUUUCUUUCUUUGUCGCGCCCAUUAUAAUGAUGAUGAUGAUAACAACUACACAUGAUUGGCGCUGCUAUGUAUGUAUGUAUUUCGGCAUAUACAUAUAUAUAUAUGAAAAAGUUGAUUAAGAAGGAGAAGAGGAAGGAAAGCGAACAAAAAAUAUAUUAAUAAUAAACGGUUUUCAAAAAUUUUAAAAAUUACAAAAAAAAAAAAUAAUAAUAUUAUG